UACAGGUCAGUGAGUGACUAUAUAAUGUGUCAACUGUAAUCGUGUACUUCUGUAACAGCAAACAUGAGUGUCAACUUCGUAGAUUAUUUUGCCAGCGAGCACAAUGGAUACGAUAUUUUAUAUCAAAACAUGAAAUACGGGCUGAUAGCUAGCAAAGAGUUCUCAGACUACCUUAGAGAAAGAUCGAAUAUUGAGGAAUCGAAUUCGAAAUUGCUGUCGAAGCUAGCGAAACAGGCGAACAGCAACUGCGCUCAAGGCACUUUCGCCCCCUUCUGGGGCGUGUUAAAAUGCUCUGCCGAGAAACUGUCCAAUUUGCACCAGCACAUGUUUCAGAAAGUGAGUGAGCUGGUCAAAGAUGUGGCAAGGUAUGCUGAAGAGCUAAACAAGAAGCAUAAAGCGGUGAAAGAUUCUGAGUCUAGCACUCUAGAGGUGGUUCUACUUAUACAAAACACUAAACAGGCUCUACAGAAAGCAAAAGACUUGUACACAAGCAAGGGGGCGGAUCUAGAGAAGCUGCGCAAAGAUAAUGCUUCAGCAAAAGACAUUGAGAAGGCUGAAGUCAAAUUUAAAAAGCUACAUGAUGACUACAGGCAACUAGUUGAAAAAUAUAACAUAGUUAAACAAGAUUUUGAAAAGAAAAUGACACAAACAUGCAAACAUUUUCAAGAUGUUGAAGAAGCACAUUUAAAACAAAUGAAACAGUUUGUGAAUGUCUAUGCUGACAUUAUACAGAAUAACCAUGACCUCAUGGGUCAGGUGCAUAGAGAUUUUAAACAUCAAUGUCUUGAGUUAACAGUUGAAAAACUACUAGAACAGUUCAUUACUGAUAAAUACAUGGCAAUAGAGAAGGCAAACUUAGUAGAGCUGCCAGUAUCUUUACCUAAACCAGGAUCAGCUAACAACUCAAUAUCAGAAGCUGAUCAGAUAUCUACAGUUUCAAAUGGGUCACACAAACCUGCACAACCCCCUAAGGCAGCUAAGAAAGAGAGCCAAUCUUUUGCCAGCAAGACCUCUAGAAGAACCACAUCUCUGCUAAACCUGUUCACACCUAAUUUCCAAAGUAAAGAUGAGCCAACUGGGAGCAUUGAAGGAGCCGCCCCAUGCUCUGCCCCAUCUAGCCCCAGUGGAACCCCAGCCACGCCUGUAGCCCCUGAUAAAGAUGCAGACAUGGGCCGCACAACACUCAGAGAGUCCAAAUGGUUCCUACGCAGCAGAAGAACCAAAACAAAGCUCAAAAAGUCUAAAAAGAAAAAGGAUGAGAUUUCUGAAAAUUCUAACAUGGGAGACAAGUCUGACUUAGAGGAAAAAGAAGAAGAGGUUCCAACAAAAGAUGAUCUGAUGAACUCUCCAGAGGUAGAUGAUGAAGGGUACUGCAUCAGACCUAAAGAUGAGAAAGGUAGUGUUUAUUCUUCAUCAGACACAGACUCAGAGGAAGAGAGAGAGCAAAAGAUACAUGUAGAGAUCAAACCUAUUAGUAAUGGUAGUGCUCCUAUGUCUGCAAGUGUAGAUGAGUUAAGAGCAACAGUUGAAAACAUCUCCUUGUACAAAAUUGGAACAACUACAAGGCGCGGCUCAAACGCAAAUGCAAGCAAAGCCAGCAGUGACUUAUUAGACUUGAACUUUUUCCAGAGUCCCACAGCCAGUAAUCCCACCUCUCCCCACGGUGUUUCGAACCCUUAUGCGCCUUUACAAGCUAACCAAUCGCAACUCUUAGAGAGCCCUACUCCAGUAUCCACAGCAGAUGUUGGAGACCUGUUUUCAGAGGUUGGCGAGAUGAGCCAAACUAACAUUAGAACGUCUACGCCCACAAUGUCGUCUAUUUCGCUCCCACGCCCACCUUCAAGGCGAUCAGAGGGAGAUUUCCGAACCGCCGGCUCGUCAGGGUCCAGGGGGCCGUCUCCUCUCACAAUAGGCAUGGCAGAUACAAUACCGCUAGCUGUAGCUUUCCAUGAGAUUAUUCACUCUUACUUCCGAGGUUCAGAAGAGUCUAAAUGCCAAGUGAAAAUGUCAGGAGACAUGAUGUUGUCCUUCCCAACGGGCAUAGUUGGUGUGUUAGCUAACAACCCCAAUCCAGCAAAGCUCUGCUUCAGACUAAAAAAUAUACACAGACUAGACAAUGUCCUACCUAACAAACAACUUAUUAGCAUCAAUGCUAUGAUGUCAACUCGUGACACAACAGUUGUAGAAUUUAACAUGCCAGCAUUAACUUCUCUGCUUAAACGACAGUCUGAAAAGAACCCCACAGCUCAAUACUUCAAUGUAGACAUAUUGAAAUAUCAAAUACGUCCAAAGGCCGGGGCGGCGUCAUGUCCAUACCAACUAGUUUCAUAUUGGAAAUGUGAGAGAGAGCACACUGAUUUGAAGGUGGAUUACAAGUAUAAUCUCCAUGCCAUGAGCCCACCCUCUCCAUUACUAAACGUCUCUGUGUGCGUGCCAAUGGAUGGAGGUGUGACAAACGUUAUAGCGAUGCCGAAUAAUACUUGGAACGCAAAAAACAAGCAAGCUCUAUGGCGCUUUACUGAACUGUCCCAACAUUCUGAGGAUAGGGGAGUAGGGUCUUUAAGGGCGCGAUUUGAGCUAGAGCAUGGACCUUCUACAAAGGCUACGAUCUCUGCUCAGUUUAAUUGUGAAGGCGCAACACUUUCAGGCAUAGAGUUUGAGCUGAUAGGCAGCGGCUACCGUCUUUCCCUGGUCAAACGCCGCUUUGUCUCUGGCAAAUACAUUUGUGAUAGUGAUAUUCACUGAUUGGUCCAAUCCCUUAUGAAUGUUUGUACAUACUUGUAUGCGGAGUGCAUAGAUUUGACUAAGCUCAUACAUGUUCGGUACCUUAUAGGAUUGUUUCCUGUCCACUUGGAAUGAUUUCAUGUAAUUUCCUUUUUAAUUAGUUAUAUCCUUAAACUAUAUGUUGUAUUAACUUUUAUAGUGGUUAUUUGUGAUUGAUUAAAUUCUGAGUUAACUAAAUUACUUUCAGUAUGAUUAGAGAUGUGCCAUUAUUACAUUACUUGCUGAAUUGUCAGACAACAGUAGUUCUACUGCAGGCUUUAAGAUGUGAGUGUACCUCUUUUUGUUUAAUUCUAGUAUGCAUCACAAAGUUUUAUGUUAAAAAUAAGUUUUUUUUAUUAUACCUAUUAAAACCCCAACAAAUUAGAUACUUUUUGUUUUUCCUAUUUUGGUUUAUUUACAGUAGUAUGUUGUUACAUGUUACAUUUCUGAAAAAAUUAGUAUCUAGCGAAAAGAAAAAAACGAAUUAGAUACUUUAUGAAAACAUACAUGGGAAAAUAUUAAAAUAAUUAUUACAACAUUGAUUUAUUAAAAUGUAUUUGAAAACAAUAGUGCUGAAUAUUAUGGGGUUUCAGUGGACAACAUUAUUAAUUUUAUUGUUAGAUCGUAAUUUUGAAUGGUAGUUAUAAUUUUGUAGGGGCCUAAAUGAGAUGCAAUAAAUAUUAUAGUUAUUAGAUUUGACUAACAAUCUGUAUUAAGGUCACAGAAAUAAUAAAUAAAAAACUUAUAAUUUUUUUCAUUAUCCAAAUAUUCUGAGAAAAUUAGAAUUAUAAUAACUAAAAUGUUACAAUUAAUAGAACUUCUAAAUCUUCAAUUACUUGGCUUUGAUUAAUCAAUUAUGAAUUUGAUUGAAUCUCGCAAUUUUUUUUUUUAUUUGAAGCAUUAUAUUUUAAGAAUUAUAAUAAGUCAGCAUUUAGUUGCGAACCACCGCAUGAAUAUAUCUAACCUAAUCAUUACUCACAUAAAUGUUAAUUUUGUUUUAUUUACUCAAGAGUAAUCUCAUCUAUUUAUGUUUUUUAUAAAGAUCCCAUUAUAAAUGUACAUGAAAAUCACAUUUGUUUGAAUAUCUAUUAAGGCUGAUUAUAAUUUUUUUGUAGUUUUUUUCGUCGGAAUUGGGUAAAAUGUACAAUAUCGUAUUCUACUUAUUUUCGUAACUAACUUACCAAAGAGGAGCUCCUAAAACUCACCAAAUUUUAUCAAAACCUGACGAAUAAAACUACUAAUAAAUAAAAAUCGGCCCAUUUAUGGCCUAAUGCUUUGUAUUAUUCCAAUCUAUCUAAAUAAUAUUUAGCUAAGUGUUACUUUACCAAAAUGGGAAGUGUUCAUAAUAAAUAACAGAAUACCAUAUAUAACUUUAGAUUACUGUACCUUAGUACAAUGAACCAUUCCAAUUAUUCUAAACUUUACUAUUUAAUUGUUAAGGGUUAAUUUUGUAUAACAAACUUAUUCGCCCCUGGUUAUUUUGGUGCGUUCAGAAAUUGGCGUUACAUUAGUUUUUUAUUUUCUGGGUAGCUACUCAAAAAAGUUAAGAACUGUAACUGAAUGCGUAUUUUUAUAUUGUAAAAUUUAUCGCAUGUGUAAUUUCUAUAUACUGUAACUAUUUACAAUGAUUAUAAUUUGGAAAUUAAAUGUAAUUCUAGCCUUUU